GGCGAAAACUUGCCGAGUUAGCUUUAAUACAGUGGCGACGUAUUAUGUUGUAGCUGAUUGGACGGAGCGCGCAGUACUUAUAACCCGAUACUGGAAGCAAAGGUUAAGUCGAAAAGCUGAAAGCGGAAAGAACACACGUGUGGAUGUAGUCAAGUUGGAAAACCAGGAGGACCGUUAUUUUCCCGUGUAAUACAUCAUACUGUCAUCUCGAAGGAAAAUGUUUUGAAGGCUGUAAACGUUCGAGAACCUCUUCUGUAACUUAAAAGAAAAGUUAGCAGAUAAUUAGGCAGCACGGGUCAAAGGUGUACGUAAACCGACAAUGAAGGUGGAUACAUUUUUGGUUCACUGUGGACAAAUCCUAGUCCUGCUCUUGUGCACACGCAAAGUUGCCAGUGUGACACAAGCAGAGCUGGAUUAUAUGGGGACGUAUUUAGAGAUCAAAAUAAAAACUGUGGACAAUUUGAUCUCUGAACUACAACAUUUCAGAGCAGAGUUGACCCUAAAAAAUGCUGGAACGGAGGUGAUAAGAGGCGGUGACUGGGCCUUGUACUUCUGCUUCAUCCGCCAUAUCGACAGACCGGACGAAGGAGAGCCUGAAACAUGGGACUACCUCCAGUAUGGCGUCAACUUCACGCAUGUGAGUGGUUGCCUACAUCGAAUGGAGCCCACAGACAGCUUCCGGGACAUUUCUCCUAAUGGCGAGACCAAGAUCACAUUCCUUGGCGUGAAUUGGCAAGUUGCUAGGACGGAUUAUAUGCCAAACUGGUAUGUCGUGUCUGGUACUUCAGGACUGGAUGCCCGCACAGUCAGCAGCACGGCCGGAGAGAAGUUAGACUUCGUGGCUGACUUCGUGAAACCUCGCCAGUGGAAACGUAUGGACUUCGUAUCUGAAGACGGGCAGCGACAGACAGACACGUACGACCCAUACUCAUUGCGAGUACGCCACACGUUCAAUGACGUCAACGAUUUAGGAGAAGCUCCCCUGCUGAUCAUUCCCACACCGGUUCUUGUUCAAAAAAACGACAAAAAGAAGGUUUACUUCGGAACUCACGACUGGGUGAUCGUGGUAGAUGAUCAAGACACGGCUCUGAACAGUUCAGCUCAGUUCCUAUCAAAAAAAUUAGGAUUUCCGAUAGUUUCUCAAUCUCCAGAUUUCCGCUAUAUACGUUUCCACGUUGGUUCACCAAACGUCAUGAUAAAUGGCAAGCAGUCGAACAGCACAGAAACUUACGAGCUACGCGUAAACGGAGACAGCCAGUCUGUAUCGAUUACAUCCAAUACAUCAACGGGGGCUUUUUAUGGCGUUCAGUCACUCAUGAAUGUGAUGGACGAAAAUUGGGAGUGCCCGGAGGUGACUGUCAAGGAUGCUCCACGUUACACAUACAGAGGCAUGCAUCUCGACGUUGGAAGAAACUUCCACGGCAAGGAGUAUGUGUUGAAGCUGUUAGAUCUUAUGGCAAUGUACAAACUCAACAAAUUCUACUUCCAUCUGACAGAUGAUGAGGGGUGGCGACUGGAGAUUCCUGGUCUUAAAGAGUUAACGACGAUUGGUAGCAAACGUUGUUUUGACCUGGAGGAAAAACAGUGCGUGGUAAGCCAGUUAGGAUCAGGGCCGACAGACCAGUCGAGUGGAACAGGAUAUUAUACCGUUGCUGAAUACCAAGAGAUUUUGCGUUAUGCUGCCGAACGUCACAUUGAAGUCAUCCCGGAAUUUGACAUGCCAGGACAUGGUCAUGCAGCCAUCAUUGCUAUGCAGGCACGCCACGACGCUCUGAUGAGCCAGGGAAAAGCUUCCAACGCACGGGAGUAUCUUCUCACAGACCCCAACGACACAUCCGUUUACGAAAGCAUUCAGAUGUUCAAUGAUAACGCCAUUAACCCUUGUAUGGAUUCCACCUACAAUUUCAUACGGCAUGUUGUUCGAGAAGUGGUUGAAAUGCACGAAAACAUCAACCCGCUGCGUAUUUUCGAUUUCGGUGGAGACGAAGUGGCGAAAGGCGCUUGGGAGAACUCUACAGAGUGCCAACACCUUAUGGAGCGCCUGCGAAACCUGCAAGACGCGAAAGACCUGAAGGAGUACAUGGUGCGGAACAUAGCGGACAUUACAGCUUGGUUCGGCGUAAACAUGGGCGCCUGGGAGGACGGACUGAUGGGCAGGGACAACUCUCCUUACGACAUCAACAAGCUGGCCAAUGAGAACGUGUACGCUUACGCUUGGGACAACGUCUGGGAGUGGGGAGCCUCAAACAGACCCCACAAGCUUGCCAACGCUAACUUUAAGGUUGUGAUGGCUCAAGCAACCCACUUGUACUUUGACCAUCCAUACGAGCCAGAUCCGGAGGAACGGGGCUACUACUGGGCACCGAGGUUCACGGACACCCGGAAAACGUUCGGUUUUAUGCCAGACAACCUUUAUGCCAACGUAGACUACACCCGGAUGGGCGCAGUUUUGACAGAAGAGGAACUAUGUAAAGAAGUUAAAGGGGUUAGCCAAUGUGUCCCGUUGUUAAACCCGGAAAAUGUCGAAGGCAUGCAAGGCCACCUUUGGUCAGAGACGGUCCGGACAGACGAACAGACCGAUUACAUGAUCUUCCCGCGGUUACUCGCGCUUGCCGAGAGAGCUUGGCACAAGGCUGACUGGGAAGAUGUCAAGGACGUGAACAAGAGGAAAAAAAUGCGCAACGCAGAUUGGGAAAAGUUCGCCAACACGUUGGGCUACAGGGAACUGAAGAGGCUUGAUAAUCUAGGAGUGAAAUAUCGUGUCCCUCAACCAGGCGCGCAUCUUGUUGGCAACAAACUCUCAACUAAUGUGGCGUUUCCUGGCCUGGUGGUAGAACACAGCUCAGAUGGGGGUGAAACCUGGUGCUCAGAAAAAGGGAUAUCUCUAUCUGGAAGAGUUCAGUUUAGAACGAGGUCUGCAGAUGGCGGGCGCACAAGUCGUAUAGAAUCGAUGGAGGCCAGCAAAUCAACAAAUAUUCAAAGUAAUUGUUCACUUUUAUUUUCUUAUGUAUUGUUGUUAACAGUAUGCAUUUUCUCUAGGCUUUAUUGAUGACAAAUAUAAUUUUAGUACCAUCUUACGCAAAGGUUUGCUCUUACUGCAGCAGAAUUGUUUUAUUGCCUUGAAAUUGGACCAGGUAAUUUUCAGUGCCAGUUAAAUUAAACGGAUGACAGUUACAAAAGGUAAGGUUAGUGAUAACAGAAAUUUCGGCUUAACCAUGAAUGAUGAUUCACUGUCUGUCACAUAUUCAUUGUCUUUCAUAAUACCUCCCAUAACAAAAAAAAAAUGAUAUUCCUGAGCCGUAAAAGGAUAACAAAAUGUGAACACACAUCUGUACAACAGUAAAGCUGAAGCACCGUUGUGUAAAAGUACGUAAAACUAUCUGACACUCGUUUUGCACAAUCAAAAUUUAAAAUUUGUUCUUUUGAAUUGGAUCGUGGCUUUAUUUUCAUCCUUAAGUCAAAUUUAGAAACAAAAUCAGCUGUAUAUCGGAACUAAGUAAAAAGUUGUAGGAGAAAAAUUAAUUUUCUUAUGCUUCCCAUAUUUUUCCAGGUAACAGCUCUCUCACGUUGUAAAAUAUAAGUAUACUUCGAUGUACUGCAUGUAUAUUGCUUAUUGGGAAGGUUUGAAUAUUCACAGGUUUUUUAGUGUUUUGAUGAGACCUAACAGAAGGGAUUAUUAUAGUAUUCCUGACAAUUUUCGUUAUUUCAUGACUAACACUAUUAAUAACAAAAUUAGAUUAUCUGUACCGUCAAGAAAUCAGAUUUUUAUGACACAUUGUGUUGAAGAAAUUUGAUGUUAAUUCAAAAACUCUUAUAAAUGUUCUAUGCUUGAAGUAGGUGUGAUUGUUUUAAUGUCAUAUUCAAAUACAAUUUAAAUAUAUGAUUAAAAAUUAUACAAUAAUUAGUUUGUAACUAAACGUAAUACUUUCCUUAUUCCGCGUAUUUUGCGUGUUAUAAGUUAAGCCGAUUAUGUACCAACAUAGUUUAUAAAAUCUGUUCACAAACCCAACUGACAAAGAAAUCAACAUUUGCAUAAUUUAUAAUUAUACAAGUGUACAUAUUCAAACAGCAUGCAGUCUAACAUACAGUAAUGCUCUAAUUUGAAUUUCAUUGGAAUACUGAGCGAAUUCAGAUUGAAGAAGUGUUUGGGGUCAACCAAGUGCAUGUGGUUCAUGUAACAUAACACGAAAAUAACGCUAUAGAACAAACAGGGAUUGGGGCUAACCCCAAACCUUUGCUUCCAAACACUAACUCAGCGUACAAGAAUUUCCAGGAAACUCAAACCUAAAGCUAGACACUUUCACCAGAGCCGUUGACACCGACCUGAACCCCAACCAGCCAACCAGACUUCAACCUACAGAUGGAAUUUUCUAUCGCUAUCUGCACUAAAAAUACAGCUGAUUGUGUACUUGUAUUUUGUAUUUUCAGGUAUAUUAAGCAAACAGUGUUGUACAUUAACAUGUAAAAGUAUAUUGUUACAGGGAGAGAAUCACCAAUAUUUUUGCAAAAAUAUUCAAUAUGGCCGGUAUAAAUAGCAUUGUGAUCUUCCAGCAUCUUUGUAUAUGAUUUUAUUCUCUUGGCAUUGAUCUUGGCGGAUGUGUUUUAUACAGGUAAUUUUGAAAUUGUCAUAAGUGUAACGCACUGUUGAAAAUAUCAUAUACAUGUGCAUAUAUAACUGUAGGUAAACUGUUAUAUUAUAUUGUUAUAUUAAACUCCAUGUAUAUUGGUGA